AUGGCAGCUUCGCAACAAAACUUGAAACCACAUUUAGCUAAACAUCGCAAUAUUAAAUUCACGGUACCAAUUCAGAAAACUACCUUUGACACUUUGAAGGACUACACAAUACCAAGUUCUACAUCUAAUGGAGACGGACGUUUGACACAAUUUGUGAACUAUGUAUCAUCGAAGGUAAACGUAGAGAACAGAUACACACCAGAACAGUUAAAGGAACACACUGAAUUUGUUGAGAACUUUGUGAGAAACUUCUUUAUAGAUUUUGGAAAUCAUACUCCUGAAUAUUACUUCCUGUCAUAUAAUACAAUAUUUGCAUCCAACUGCAUCGUUAGAAGAGGUAGUUCAUAUGAAGGGACUAAAAUUAUAUCACCGAACGAGUACGAUUAUAUUCCUAUCUUUGCGUGGUCGGGUAAUAAAGCAGUCAUAGUGGAGGAGGUUGGGGAGAGGUGUGAGCUUGCAGGCCAGGGGUAUGGUUUCAUCAAUAUCAAACAUGGUGAUCUGCACAAGGAACUACCACCAAGGCACCUUGAAGAAAAUCGAUCUUGUGUCGGUAAGCCAAGUGGAUCAACUGAGAGAUCGUCACCACCCGGUACUAUUCCCCAUGGUUCAAGUAAACUGAGCAGAAACAUUCUCAUAACAUUAUGUGAUGCCAUUACAUCCUAUCUGAGUGAGAGUGAAAAUUACAAGUAUGUCGGUGAGAGAGAUCAUCACAAGGAUCCAGAAUCUCCAUAUCCGCAGGGGACUAUCAGUCUGCAUAAGUAUAGACAUGGUACUAGUAUUUGGCUACGAAUUGGCGCCCCAACCUGCACAACUGAUAUAGACCUCUCAUUUGCAAUAGAGGAUGUGAAUAUGACCAAGGGAUGGUGUGCUAUGGUGGGUGAUGGGAAUGUGUACUGUGCCAGAUGCGAUGAGAGUCUUGGAACCACGCAUUGGACAAGAUCACUCAUAGAUCCAGGCCUCCAGGAUGCUACGAACACAUUAUCAAGAAAUCACCACCAUUUAUUUCUAACAGUAAAAUACAUAAAUCACCUGAUCAAAAAAUCUCUCAAUAUAAAAACUAGUUCUUCUUCAUACUCCUACAAAAUGUUACUUCUCCAGCACCAGAGAGAUUGUCAGAAUGAGAAUGUUGGACAGUGCCUGGAAGAUGUUGUGAAUCAAUUUUUCACACAUGAGAAACACUGCAUUAGUACUCUUGAAAUCAAUGUAUACACCUAUAAACUGCUAAGGAAAGUCCCAGACAUAGAUUACCCCAAAAGGAUGAUACGACUUAAAAUCAGUCCUCAGGAAUGUGCUGUCCUACUAUGGAUUACACAGCAUGUUAAACACACCAUCAAUACAUCCUGGUGGGAUAUGUUGUUGCUGGAAGACCUUAAACCAGAAGAUAUCAACAAGAGUGAUAUGCUUUAUUCAUUGCUGCACAUAGCGCAACAAGUCGAUACAGGGACAUUGAUUGAUGUAGAGUGGGUUCACGAUGUUAACACGAAGACAGUAAUUAGAUAAUUUGACUGAAGCAAAGUGUAAGAUCCAGGCUGCACAACUCGGACCUCAUAAAAGUA